AUGUCUGCUCCGUCAGCUCCGGUGAUACCGCCCCGUCCGGCCAGGUCUCCCCGCCCUCUAGGCGCCGAUAUUCCUUCAAUACCUCCUCGUCCGAUUAAUCGCCGCCUGGAUCGCUCCGUAUCUCCAGGCAGAGACAGCUAUGCACCGUCACCACUGAACGGUCCUCCGGGACUCUCGCGCACAACGUCGAACGACCUCCCAGCUCGCCCUCCUAGCGUGACCAUUCCAUCUCUUGGCGAGGAGGGUAUUGAAUAUGAGGAGCUGAGCAGCGAACCCGCCGAGACCAGAAACGUAGGCAGUGAUUUGAAGCUACAUGCCCCCAAGCCAUCUUUGCCCACUUCGAGUGCAAAGGCCAGAGUACAAGCCGUUACUCGUACCGAUUCGGAUCAAGCUGCUGCUGCUGGUUUUGGCAAGUCUUCUUCACCAGCUUUGGAAGAACACGAUCAGCGCAGUCGGUCCAUACACUCAAAACCCAGUGGUUCGCGUGCCGAGUCCACUGCAUCGAGCACUCGCCGUCAAUCCAUGCAGUUUGAAGAAGAGCAUGGAAUUCCCGAGAUCGGUCAGCGUGUGCCCAUGCUUGCCUAUGCCGGUGACGUGCAAGCUCCUUCCCCCGCACCUCCCCGAAGCGGAUCAGCCUCCGGUCAACGUGUCAGCCGCCAUCAUCACCGCACUCGUAGUGGUCGCGACGUCUUCCUCCCACCUGGCAGCUACGGUCUUCAUGGCCAUGGUGUUCACGCCGCCGACAGAUUUGAGAAGGCCUGGUAUGACAAGCACCCUGACGAGCUAGCUCGUGAAGAGCAGGGUCAGUACGGUCCAGCUAUUGCUGAGCGAUCUGCCUGGGCACUCAGCAGUGACGAUCUCAACCGCUUGGUCAAAAGUUCUGAUGCUGAUACCAGUGUUGGCACAUCGCCCGCUUUCGCUGGAACUCCCGCCGAAGAGGUGGGCUACAUCGCAACUGAUGAGCUCACUCGUCAAGAUACUCAACCUGCCGUGGAGUCUCCUCUUCGCCAUUCUACAUUUGCAACCUCCGAAUUGACACGAACCAAGAGCGCAAUGUCAACUGCAAGCAGUGAUGGUGGCCGAGUUAUCCAUGUCGAUGAGCCAUACCAUUCUUUACAUCACCCUGAUGGUUUCGCCCGUACACCAGAGCCACCAUCAGUCCAAUAUUAUGAUGAGGCCGUCGAGGAUGACGAGCCUAUUCUUGCAGCCGACGAGUCUCGCCCAGGCUCCGCUUACCUCCAUCCUGCUGUAUCCCCCAGACGAGCAAGCACAGACUACCAUGACCUCGAACGAGUACGAAGCCGAACUCCCAGUGCUCCAAACAGUCGUCCAACAAGUCUGCACGGUGCUCCUGCUGGUCUUACCCGCUGGAGUUCUCGUGGUGAAGAACACGAUGAUGUACACACACCUCUAGAAGAUGUGGAAGAGUAUGAACCGCUAUUUCCAGAAGACGAGAAAUCGAGUAAACCUUUGUCGGCGGCAGAGCGUUUCCAGAAGCGUACCGAACUUUUGAAACACCGUUUCCCCAGUCAAGAUAUUUGGGAGGAUACCCCGGAUAGUCUUCAAUUACAUGCCAGCGUGUCCACUCCAGACUUACCCGAAGACCUAUCCAAAACCAAGUUCGAAACCCCAGAAGCAGAAGCACAACGCAAACGUGAAGCAGACCAGAUUGAUUCGCACAAGGUCGCCUCUCAUAUAUUACACGGCCAAGGCACCCAAGGUCGCCAAGCGAGACCCGACACCGUGAAGCACCGGUUCCCGAGUCGAGAUAUCUGGGAAGAUGCGCCGGAAAGUCACCAACUUAUGACAACGAUCGAACCUUCCGAAACAGAUACAACGAGCCCUGACAAGGCCAAAGCACCGGGUAUUCCGUCUCGACCGAGCGUUCCUCCUCGGCCUGCCAAGGUUGUAAAGCCGUUUGAUGGCUCCACGGAUGAGAAGAAAGCGCCCGUUAUUCCAGAUCGUCCUAAGCCUCAAAUUCCUAUUCGCCCUUCUAAGCCAGUUUCUGGUGAUGCCGCAGCGCCUCCAGUCAACAGAAACAAACCCGUAAUUCCUGCGCGACCCAACGCCGGCAAGAUUGCCGGUGUUAAAGCAAACUUCUUAUCCGAUUUGAAUUCUCGACUCCAAUUGGGACCUCAAGCACCCAAGCCCGCGCCUGAGAAGAAGGAAGAGGAGGUUCCAGAGGAGAAAGCACCACUUGCUGAUGCUCGCAAGGGUCGUGCCCGUGGUCCAGCCAGGAGAAAGCCAGCUGCCAGUUCAUCAUCAGAAAAAAGACUGCCAUCUAUUCCAGAAAUUCGUAUUAUGGAUGCUUGGAAUGUUUGGGAACUUGGCGUUGAUGGAAACUUGACAGUCGGGUUGUCCGAGAAGAAGGAACCUAUUGUCGAAAUCAAGCCUCAAGCUUCAGACGCCGACACCGAGUCGGAUCAAACGGCCAUGGCUCCUCCUAUUGCGAAGAACAUGGCUGGUGAAGACGCAGAUCCGGUUGUCGUCUCGCCAGAAAAGAGCGUCGAGCCAGAACCCGAAAUCCACGAGCCCGCAAAGACUGAAACUGUGGAGCACCACGAGGACGCCCAAACGAGCGAGCACGUGUCACCGAAGCAUUCCGUCGACCAACCAUCAGAAUCAAUAGACACGCAAGUCAUGUCGAUAGAUCCCGAGCCAACGACUGAUCAGAUUAUCGAGCAAUUGGCCGCUACGGCCGACGGCAAGCACAAAUCUGACGGAUCAAUCGACGCCGAAGAAACGGUUGCUUAA